AUGCCUAUCGAAGUCACACGCAUGACAGACGCCGAUAUCGAUGGCGCGAUAGAUACGAUACAAGAAGCCUUCGCGAACGAUCCAUACAACAACUGGGUAUAUCCGGACCGCUCAAAGGUCGAUCUUACACGGAACCGCGUCUCUCUAACUCUCCGGUGCCGAUGGGGGAUAUCGCACGGCCUCUUCUACGUCGCGCGCUCGACCUCCGAGCCUUCCAAGAUCCUCGGCUGCGCAAUGUGGCUCCCUCCACACGCCCCUUCCCAGCCUGCGUCUUGGUCUUUGUACCUCUCUCACUGGUGGCUCUGGCUCAACCAGAUCCGGAUGAACACGUGGUACGGUCGUGGUGGACUCAGCACACAGCGGUACUGGAUCUGGAAAGCGAGGCAGGCGGAAGCGCAGAAAGAGCUAUGGAAGAGUGACAAGGGGUACUACUUUUGUAAUAUCGUCACGGUGUUGCCGGAGGCGCAGGGGCAGGGCGUCGGUAGGAAGCUGAUGGAAGAAGUGUUGAAGAUGGCGGAUGAGGAGGGAGUGGAAUGCUAUUUGGAGAGUUCCAGGAGUGUACCAAAUGUGCCGAUCUAUGAGAAGUUUGGGUUUGAGUUGGUGAGAGAAAUGGAGUGUAAGGAUGGCGAUCGAGAAAAGGAUAAAAUUACACUGUACUGUAUGUUGAGAGAACCGAGGCCUGCUGGAGAUGCGCGGUUUGGGAGAGCAUAG